AUGCCUGCGACUUCUAAUUUACGCGCCACGCAGACUGCUCGUCCGUCGUCACCGCAUACGCCCCAGCAACAGCUGCGCUCAGGCAAUACAUCCUUCGCCAGUACGACGUCGCCGGGCUCGUCCUUACGAAACGAGGAUGAUGCGAUAAUCAUUGAGAUAGGCGCGAGAUGGCUACGAGCAGGGUUCGAGGGUAGUGGCACUCCGGUGUGUGUGAUGGGAUUCGGCCCUGAAGAAUCAAGAAGAGUGGGAGAUUACCGAGGCUGGAUUCAGAGCGCCGCCGGCAUUGGACCUUUACCAAAGCCCGUCGAUGCGGAAGACUGGGUACGAGACUAUGAGCUGUGGCAGCCUGACCUUCGGAAGGUGGAUCUGGGUUUGAUGGAGGACAAAAUCGAGCGCGUGUUGCGCGAAACCUACAAUCAAUACCUAUUGACCGACGCCGGCUCCUCUCGACUGGUCCUGGCCCUUCCUUCUCUCAUGCCGCAUCCACUCCUAUCAUCCUUGCUAUCUACCUUGUUCAGCCGCUGGAGGUUUCCUAGCAUCACCCUUCUUCCGAGUGCGACUAUGUCGGCAAUAGCUGCUGGGUUGCGAUCUGCUUUGGUGGUGGACCUUGGAUGGGCGGAGACGACCGUAACAGGUCUCUAUGAGUAUAGAGAGAUCACCACAAAGCGAAGCACAAGGGCGAUGAAGUCACUCCAGCAGAUGAUGGGACGGCUUCUUUCUAGCCCUGCCUCCGGCGAGGAUCAAGACGCGACGCGUGAGGACGGAAUCUCCGUCGGCUUUACAUACUGUGAGGAAGUUCUCACUCGAUUCGCUUGGUGCAAGCCACAAGCAGAAGAUGGCGAACAAGCGGAUCAACCAGCGCAUACUGUCUCAAUUCCUUCUCCAACUUGCCCGGAACAGGAGUUUUAUGAUGUGCCGUUUUCCCGCCUUGCGGAUCCUGUCGAGACAGUUCUCUUCGCAUCGGGGAUUGCAGAAAGCGAAUUGGAUGACGAGGAGAAAUCGAUACCCUUGCUGGUUCAUAGCGCACUUCAGGCUCUGCCACCCGACGCGCGCGGUACAUGCAUGUCGCGUAUUGUUUUCGUGGGCGGUGGAGCUCGCAUUCUCGGGCUACGAGAGAGGAUUCUGAAAGAAGUGUCAUCGCUGAUUCAACGGCAUGGGUGGAGUUCGGUUCGAGGCAGAGUUGUUGAACGCCAACGCCAAAGAUUGGAGGAACUACGGAUCUCGUCGCCAGCCAGUGGACAGAAAUUGCCGACUAGCAACAAUGCGGAGUCCUCGGCUGAAGGCGAGAAGCUCGACCCGUCUCAGGAAGUGCCAGAGAUCGAUUUUGUGGAACAAAAACUGCGUCGCCAGAACAAAGACACGCCAGUCCCCGUGCAAGGGGUUUUACGUCAAGUUGAAUCACUCGGCGCAUGGGCUGGGGCCAGUCUAGUGACAAGCUUGAAGAUGCGCGGAAUGGUUGAGAUCGAGCGGGAGAAGUUCCUACAGAACGGACUUGCCGGAGCAACUCGAGAUUCGGAGCCCUCCAUCCCUGAUCGCCGGUCAGGCCUGAGAGCUGGUGAGCGCUCUAGCUGGACCCUAGCCAGCUGGGCCUGA